AUGGUACAAAGACUGUUAAUGCUGUCUGAUUUCUCACGUAUUGUAUUUCUGCUCCCUCUCCUGCAAGGGCUGGAGAUCUCAGACCCAGGGAGAGUGGUGUACAGAGAGACCAAGAUCAGUGCAGUAGUGGAACAUGAAGUAACCCUGCCAUGUGGCACCACCCUCCCUGAUGUCUACAUUUGGAGCUUCACCCAACCCGGCACCGACACGAUUCGAGCUGUGGUGUAUAACUUCGGCAAGGGUCCAAAGCUUCAGCAUCUGGCCCAGGAUCUGGGUGACCUGGAUGUCGAUCAAAACAGCUCCUCUUUAUCCACUAAGAACCUUCUAGUAGCUGCAGAGGGCUUGUACACCUGCCAGGCUCUGUACGACUCUGUUGAGGGAGCCAAACUCUACUACUACUAUGUGCGUCUGCGGGUCCUAGUUCCUGUGUCCAAACCCUUCGUUCUACUGAGUAACUCUUCAGCAGUGGAGGGCUUGCAGUUUUGGAUGCGCUGUGGUCUGGAGAAUGGCACAGAGCCCAUUACCUACACAUGGGAGCAGGAGAGCCGGAGUGGUCUGGUCACCACACUGGCUGAAACCAACAGCAGUCUGAUUAACAUCUUCUGGGUCACUCGUAACCAUACAGGCUGGUACAGGUGCCUGGCCAGAAACGAGGUCAACCAGCAGUACAGUGAUCAAAUCUGGUUAGAUGUUUUGUUUGGACCAGAUCUGCCUCAGGUUGAAGUCACAGCUUACUCAACAACUGAUGAAGGCUACUCUGCUCUGGAGAAAGGAAGUGUUUCCCUCAUCUGUCAAGCCUCCUCUAACCCAUCCAGCCAGUAUUCGUGGUUUUACAACAACUCAGAGAUUUACUCUGGACCACAGCUCACCAUCAGCAACAUCCUGCGUGUAAAUGCUGGUGACUACUCCUGCCUGGCCCAGAACACUUACCUCAACACUCGCUCCAGAAAAUCCAUCACCCUCACUGUCUACUAUCCACCAGACACUCCUCCGACAUGUUCAAUCUUCCCAGCAAACAACUACACUGACCUGGCUCUCUACUGUUCCUGGGAGGGAGGUUACCCUCCAGCUACUUUAAAGUGGAGUCCGAAUGUGAAUGAAGGUCGAGACAAAAGCCUGGGAUUCAGUACCUUCACUCAGAUCCAGUCAGGUUCUGACACUGCUAAUAACUCUGUGUUCACCUGCUCUGGAUCAUAUGUUGCACUGAACGUUACCCAGAGCUGCAGCACCAGGACUUGGCUGCCCUAUAGAGAACCCCAGUUUUCUGCAAAUCCCAGCCAAAAUAAUGAGUACCUGACGCUGUCCUGCUCCUGGGAGGGUGGGUUCCCUCGUCCUCUGCUCUGGUGGGUCUCCAGUUCUGAGGACAUACAAGGAACAGCCAAUGAGAGCUCCAGUACCCUCGUCCUGCAGUCCAGUGCCAACUACAGUGGCAAAACCUUUGUGUGCCAUGCAAAGCAUCCUUUAAAUAAAGAGAACAAGAAGUGUGUGCUAAAACUGGGUAAGAAGAUUUAA